AUGCGCCUCAAGCUUCCGACGUGGUCCGAGGCCAAGGGGGCCCUAACAAGGAAGAAGAUAGUGGAGGAAUCCACACUGCAGAAUUCCAAGUUGGCCAAGGUGUUGACCACCUUCGAUUUGACAGCUUUGGGAGUGGGGAGCACGCUCGGAGUGGGGGUAUACGUGUUGGCGGGAGAUGUCGCCAAGCACACGGCCGGCCCUGCUGUGAUCAUUUCCUUUUUCGUCGCUGCCCUGGCAUCCAUAUUGGCAGGUUUAUGUUAUGCUGAAUUUGGGGCGAGAGUGCCAAAAGCUGGCUCAGCUUAUGUGUACAGUUAUGUGUGCAUAGGAGAAUUUUUUGCGUUUGUAAUAGGGUGGAAUUUGAUCUUGGAAUACCUCAUAGGUUCAGCUGCAAGCACAAAAGCAAUUUUUUUGUACGUCGAUCAGCUGGCGAACAAAACUAUGACCGAGUUUUUCGAAGAAAAUAUUCCUCUCAGUGGUAAUCAAAUUUCAACGUACGCAGAUCUAUUUUCACUUAGCCUAGCUAUACUUUUUUCCGUCGCCCUAGCAUGCGGUGCCAAAGAAUCUUCAUGGAUAAAUAAUGUGUUCACCCUCAUCAAUUUGCUGGUUGUGAUUCUGGUUAUCGUUUCUGGAUGUUGGAAAGUGGAUAUCGGCAACUGGCAGAAAUCGAAGGAGGAAGCAAUGGGUAUGGGCGAUGGAGGAUUCAUACCGUAUGGUAUAAAGGGGAUAGUAAAAGGAGCUGCUAGAUGUUUUUAUGGUUUCAUUGGAUUUGAUUGUAUAGCUACUGCAGGGGAAGAGGCGAAAACUCCUCAAAAAUCCAUUCCUAUUGGAGUCGUGGGAUCUCUUUUGAUAGUAUUUUUAGCAUAUUUCGGAAUGUCUACUAUUAUGACAAUGUUGCUGCCAUACUAUGAACAAGAUGAGAAUGCACCCCUUGCUUAUAUCUAUACUCGUUUGGAUUGGACAGUGAUAAAAUACAUAGUGAGUGUUGGAGCUAUAGCUGCCCUUUUUUCUAGUUUGUUGGGGGCAAUGUUUCCUCUACCUCGAAUAAUCUACGCUAUGGCGAAUGAUGGACUCAUUUUCAAACCGUUGGGAAAAGUAAAUUCGCAUUUUCAUACACCUUUGAUGGGUACACUGUUUGCGGGAAUAUUAUCAGGUAUCUUAGCAUGCAUAUUGGAGUUAUCAAAACUCACUGAGAUGAUGUCAAUAGGAACUUUAUUAGCAUAUUCAAUGGUGGCAGCAUGUGUUCUGGUUCUGAGAUAUUCUAGAGACGACAGAGACAAAAAGUAUGAGGACAGACAAACAUACUCAUUCAAACAGUUGGCCAAACAAGUGAUCAACAGGAAAACUCCAGAGCCUACCAUUUUAUCUUCAACAGUUGUAACUUGGGAAAUUCUCCUUUAUUUUGUUAUUUGUUUCAUUGCGUCUGGCCUGAUGACUGCCUUUGAAGAUGACUUGUAUGAGGGAACCCCAUGGCUUUUAGCAGUAUGUUCAGUACUUAUCCUCGUGUUGGUUUCCAUCCUGAUAUUGGUAUCAUUUCAACCGACAGUGAAUACAACUUUGAGUUUUUCGGUUCCAUUGAUUCCAUGGAUUCCAGGAAUGAGUAUAUUUACCAAUAUCUAUCUAAUGACGAAUAUUCAGAAGGAUACUUGGAUUAAGUAUACGUACUGGAUGAUAAUAGGUUUACUGAUAUAUUUCAUCUACGGAUUAUGGCACAGCACAGAAAGAAGUGAAAAUAAAAUAGUCGAAACAAAUAUUUCAAAUGACACAGAAAAUGGAUCGAUAAUUGAAACAAGCUCCAGCACCGAACAGAUAAGGUAUUAG